UUCAAUACCCAUCCCUCGUCAAUUAUACAACAAUGGCUUGUACUGUUACGUUGGAGAGAACUAUGACCAUCACCAAGCGCGACGGUCAAUUCCUCGUUUCUUUGAUCAAGGACGAAACAAAGAAGGAGAAAUCACACAACGGGUGCAAAUGUGAUCUUGUCAAUUAUAAUUCGUUACCUGAUUUCUUAAAGCACAACGAGUUUGUGGUGAAUUACUAUCGAUCGGAGUGGCCUUUGAAGCAAACCAUCCUCAGUAUUUUCUCUAUUCACAACGAGACCCUCAACAUCUGGACGCACUUGAUCGGAUUCCUCAUUUUCCUCACUCUUGCGACCACUUUGAUGGUUUCCAUUGAUACGGGUUUUCAAACAAGUACUAGCCUCUCCUCAGUCAGUAAUUCGUCAAUUCCUCUGAAACUGCAUCAAGAACUAUUGGUCUUGCCUACCUUUGAAGCAAACUUAACCGAUGAACACAGAACAAUACAAUCAAUUGCUCGCUGGCCAUUUUAUGCUUAUCUCGCAGGAGCAAUGUUCUGUCUGCUGAUCAGCAGUGCAUGCCAUCUCCUCUCUUGCCACUCUGAGCACACUUGCUAUGUUAUGCUUCGUCUUGAUUACGCAGGCAUUUCUGCGUUAAUCGUCACCUCAUUCUACCCAUUAGUCUACUACACGUUCACAUGUGAUCCAUUCUUUCGAAACCUCUAUAUGGGCUUUAUUACUGUCUUUGGCUUAGCAAGUGUGCUGGUCUCGCUUGUGCCCGUUUUUGAGAGGCCUGAGUUCAGGAUGGUACGAACUGGACUAUUUGUGUGCAUGGCAUUUUCAGGGUUGGUGCCCAUAAUGCACAAAACGGUGGCGUUUGGGGAUCGACCAGAGGCUAUUAUUACGACUCUAUAUGAGUUAAUGAUGCUCAGUCUUUAUGGAAUUGGAGUGAUUGUGUAUGCAUUGAGGAUACCGGAGAGAUGGUUGCCAGGGAAAUUCGACUUAAUCGGGCAUAGCCAUCAACUAUGGCAUGUUCUAGUUAUUGCAGGAGCUUAUACUCACUAUCUUGCAGGGUUGGUGUACUUGAGUUGGAGGGAUAUUGAACGUUGCUAGAGUUCAAAGGAUUUUGUAAAUUCUUUUUGUAUAAAGUUUGGGGUUUGUUUGGUGACAGAGGGUUGGCUGUAACUGGGAAAUCUUGGAACACUCAAAUGUGAGGAGGUUGCCAAAAUGGACCUUGGAUGAAGUCAAAUGUAAAAACUUGUACUCUUUUCAUGAAUAAGAAUAUUUAGACAU